AAUCUUCAAUUCAAUUGUGACCAUCAUUAUCAUACAAUCAAGCUUUCUCUAGGCAAAGAAAUCCUUCAAAAUGUCUUACGGCGGUGACAACAACGAUAACUACGGCUCUCGCCGCUCUGAUCAAGACAACUUCGGUUCCGGAAGAGACAACUUCGGCUCUGGAGGAGACAACUUCGGCUCUGGAGGAGAUUCAUUUGGCUCUGGAGGAGACUCGUUCGGCUCUGGUGGAAAUCAACAACAAUACGGCUCCGGCAACCGCCGCAAUGAUGACAGCUCAUUUGGCACCAGUGGACAGGGUGAUUACGGCUCUGGAGACACCUAUGGCAGCUCUGGCAACACCUACGGCAGCUCUGGCAAUGACUCUUAUGGAUCUGGGGGUGACACCUUUGGCUCCGGCAACCGUAACCAAGACUCAUCUUUCGGUUCUGGUGGCCGCCAGGAUGACUCGUAUGGCUCCUCGAAUAACUACGGCUCGUCGGACACCUACGGUUCCAGCGGCCAACGCAAUGACGAUAGCUCGUACGGCUCUGGCAACCAGGGCGGAUCGUACGAGACCUCGGGCCAGCGAUCUUCGGGCAAGAGUGAAGGUCUCUUUGAGAAGGUGAAGGACAAGGUGUCGCACAUGGGCGGCCGUGGCAACCAGGGCGGCGAUAGUAACUACUAAGAUACCAUGUGCAAGGAUGGGAUGAGUUGAGCUGAGAGAUAUUGAAGUAAUAGUUUGAUCUAAUGACAACCUCAGCAUGGAUAUGGCUGCUAUCUAUUGGAUUCUUUCCAAGGUUUUCAUAAAGUAAAACCAAAACAACAAAACAACAAAAUCAAAUGUCGUCUACUGUUUGCUCGAAGGCUGCUGCGUUAGAAGCUUUUCCACCUUGACCAAUAUUACUCCAUCCGUCGCUUCUCCCUUUGUAUUCCUCAAGUGUACAAAUCUAUAUCCUUGGCCCAGCCUAUCAAGUCUAAUGCACGCCCAGGCUGCUAAAUCAUCCCUACCAAUCUCGUCAUCCCUGACCGUAAACCUCACAAAGGUGAGCUCUUCGACUAGCCCUGGAACGUUUUUAAACUCGAGCUUCUCUGCCCCGAGAUCAAGGUCGCGGCCCUUGUGCGUCUUGGUGCGGACCUUGUACUCGCUCUCGUGGACGUGGCCGUCGCUUUCGGCGUGGCUAUUCUUGGAGCCCUCGACGUGGAGCUCGACUUUGAUGUAUGGCUUGAAGCCCUUUGCGGACUUCUCGCCGGCUGGGAGAGGGAUGUUUUGGGCUGCGAGGAAGGUGAAUGCCAGGGUGACGGAUUUGCGGGUGAUGGUGAUGGGGGUGGCGGCGUCUUCCGCUGCGGU